AAUGUUACUCUUACGAUUCCUUCUUUUCUGUUUAUUUUUAAUUUAUAUUCUUGAGUUUUGUAAAGCAAAAAACAAUUAUAAUAUAUAUAAAGAUGCGCUAACCAAUCUUUUUUCUAAUGAUGGAUGGAAAAAUUUAAAUGACGUGCAAUAUGUAACUUUCUUUGGAAUAGGUUAUUUCUUAAAAAUAGCCCUUCAAAACAGAGUGCUUUUUAAUAAUUUUGAUAAUAAAGUACGUACUGCUACACUUGUACUUGGUUGUUCGUAUGUUAAAGAUUUGAAGAUUUUUUAUUUUAUAUUUGAACAUUUUAGUAAUCAUUGUGGAAAGCUAUAUGACAAACAAAAUCACGAAACUUUGGGUUACGAUUGCACUAAAAAGUUAUUGAAAGUAAUAAAAAAAAUAAAUUCAUUGCUUAAAAUAAUGCAAGAAACUAUACAAGCUUUAGACACAAUGCACAGUUAUCCGUGGCACAAAGGAAAAAAAUAUGAUUUAUUAUUCUGUCGUAUGUUUUGGAAUUUACAAGAAAAAAAUGAAUAUUUGAAAAAAAUUCGCUUUUCAAAUAAUUCAUUGGACACAAAAAAUUUAUUAAAAUACUUAAAUUUAUUUUUUAACCAAAAUCAGAGAAUAAUCGGUGAAAGAAACGAACAUUGUAAAUAUAUUCCCUAUGAUUUAAACUUAAUGUGGCAAGAAUUGAAUAAAGAAUAUAAUACUAAAACUAACGAAGGCAAUAAAAUUUAUUUCUUUGAUUAUUUAAGUAAAAAGUUAGAUAUUCAAAUUAAACAUAUAAUGGUUAAUAAAUUUAUUAAACUUGGUUUCAAAUUCGAUAUAUCAGCUCAAAAGAUUGCAGUACCAACACCAAAACAAUUAAAUUCUGAUGUAGAUAAUUCAUCAAAUUAUAUAAUUACUGAUGAGAUGACUGCACUUAUGCAAACUGAAUCUAAUGAGGACACCAUUUUGAAUGUAGAUAAUUCAUCAAAUUAUAUAAUUACUGAUGAGAUGACUGCACUUAUGCAAACUGAAUCUAAUGAGGACACCAUUUUGACAUUAGAAGUUCCGUCUAAAAAUCCUAAGACGCCAGUAUUAAUCGACUUUUUAAAUCAAGUGAGCACUAAUGAAGAAUCAGUUCCGCCAGAAAACAUUAGGACGCCAAAAAUAGACAUUUUUCAACAAGGCUCAAAAAUAUGUUUGAACCAAGACCAACCAAGUGCUUAGCACAAUAUAAAUGUUUAAGAGCUUUAGAAAGAUGAAGAGGGAGAAUAAAAAAGGAAAUAUUAAAAAAAAAUAAAUAAAUAAAAAUGUAGAAAUAAAUAAAGAAAAAAGUAAAUGGGGCUAUUAAUAAAUGCGACCUAUUUAAGGGGUUUUAUAUUUAUAUAGAAUGUUCAGUAUGUAAGUAAACUGGUUUUUCAUUGAUAUAAACAUUGAGAACAAUAGAAAAAACGGUAGCACAGUGAGGUCGCGGUACAGUUUGAGCGUGUUAUAGUUAUGACUAGUAUAGAUAAUAUCUGACAAUGAUUAAAAUCACUAUCAUAAGAAACGC